CGUAACUUUUUCUUCGUUCGUAUCUCAAUUGUAAAAGAGACCCGAGCACCGAGAACCACCAUCGGCUUCAACCAAUUUCUACCUACAAACUCUUUCGAAUUGGGGUCUUUUUUCCCGCAAUCGGAGAGUUUAGGGUUUUCUCUCAGACGAUUGGAGUUACGUCGAAGGAUUCAGGGUUCGUCUGCCUCGGGUGUGAAGAGGAUCACUUGUUGCUUCUAUCCGAGUUUCAUCGUCUUCGUUUGACUCCGAACUUUUUCCUUCUCGGAGGCACAAACCCUGGAGAGUCACAGUUCCGACUUGGGGUUAAGCAGUUGUUUCUGCAGCGUUGUGUCGGUGGUGGUUUUGUAUAUCCGCCGCUCGAUAAUCGGGGAGAUGGAGACCGACUCGCCUCUUUUUGGCUCAUUUCCUCCCAGCUCGCAUGAUUUGCUACUCGAGAGGCUUGCAUGUGUGGGGGUUCCUAAAGAAAGCUGCUCUAAACGUGGUCUAUUGGAAUUCGUUACAGCUAACAAGUCCAGGAUUUCAGAGUUAGUCUCUGCUCUCUUACCUACAGAUGAGGAUGUUAAACUAGGAUUGAAGGAAGCUAGGGAACGGUCUCGAAAGUCUGCUGUGAGUCCUAGCAUGAAAAAGAGGUUCAGGGAGAGCAUGAAUUGGCUGCAGUGGUUGAUGUUCCAAGAUGAGCCUGGUGUUUCUUUGAGGACUCUAGCAAAAUUGAAUGUUGAUCAGCGAGGUGUUUGUGGCUCUGUUUGGGGACUCAAUGAUAUAGCAUAUAGGUGUAGGACAUGCGAGAACGAUCCAACUUGUGCAAUCUGUGUGCCUUGUUUCCAGAAUGGGAACCACGAAACCCAUGAUUAUUCGAUUAUUUAUACAGGCGGUGGUUGUUGUGAUUGUGGGGACGAGACAGCAUGGAAACGGGAGGGUUUCUGUUCAAAGCAUAAAGGUUCAGAGCAGAUUCAACCCCUCUCACAAGAUCUAGCAAAUUCAGUUGGGCCUGUACUUGAUGCCCUUUUUGCUUGUUGGAGUAACAAGCUCUUAUCUGCAGAAAGUAUUGGUCAGAAUAAUGCUAGAUCCAACGAUACUCUUGUAGUAGUCCAAAAGAUAUCAAACGAACUGACAUUUGUAGUGGUUGAAAUGCUUCUGGAAUUUUGUAACUCCAGUGAGAGUUUGCUCAGUUUUGUUUCUAGAAGGAUUAUCACUUCAAGUAGUCUAUUGGAUACUCUCAUAAAGGCUGAGAGGUUCUUGGACCAAAAUGUUAUGAAGAAACUACAUGACCUGUUCCUCAAAUUAAUAGGAGAUCCAGUCUUUAAGUCAGAAUUCGCAAAAGCAUUUGUGAGUUACUAUCCGGUUGUCAUAAGUGAAGCGGUUAAGCAGGGCACUGAUGAUGCAUUCAAGAAAUAUCCUCUACUGAACCUAUUUUCUGUGCAAAUCCUCACGGUGCCAACUUUAACACCAUUUCUGGUGAAGGAAAUGAAUUUGCUAGCUAUGCUUUUGGGAUGCCUCGGUGAUAUCUUUCGUUCUUGUUCUGGGGAGGAUGGUGUGCUACAGGCUGCAAAGUGGGAACGGUUGUGUGAGACAAGUGAGCGUGUCAUUGGGGACUUAAAAUUUGUUACGAGCCAUGCUGUAGUUUCUAAGUAUGCAACACAUGAACAACGGGAGUUAUCAAGAUUAUGGUUGAUACUUUUGACCUUCGCUCAAGGAAUGAAUCCUCUAAAAAGAGAGACUGGAAUCCAUAUUGAAGAAGAGAAUGAGUACAUGCAUUUGUUCUUUGUCUUGGGUCAUUCAAUAGCUGUUAUUCACUCCCUGUUGGUUAAUGGUACAUAUUCUGCUGCCAGUGAUGAAGAACUAGAAACUGAGAGAACCACCAAGGUAGAACUUGAUAAGUGUGAUGACGAUGGAGAAAGAUAUGCGAAAGUUGGGAGGUUGUCUCAUGAAGAUUCGGUAUGUACUGCGAUGGUAAGUAGCAGUUCCUUUGAUAGCUCGAUGGCCUCUGAAGUACACAAUCCCCACCUUCCUUCUUCUGCCAUAUGGUUGAUACGCGAAUGUUUGAAAGUUCUGGAGACUUGCUUAGGAGAUGAUGAAGGUAUAUCAAAGUUUCUUUGCAAGUUGUUUUCUCCUAGCGGCAGAAAGAUUCCUGGCAGCAAGAUGCUGUGGCCAAAGAGAGAAUUGUUAAAGGUUGAAACUGGAGGAAGUGUAUCUAGUGGUCUUGCCAGUUCUAGUAGAGAUCCGAGUACUGGCUUAUCCCCUCUAUGCGGCGAUAUACAAACAAAUCUUAGCUUGGAUAAUGUUGGUGGACCGAAAGGAGAGGUUCAGACAGACGUUACGGCUGACUCUAGGAGCGUAUCUUGCAACUCUUCCGAUUCGACAAAGAAUGCAUCAGGAGUCCAUAUACUUGGUCUAUGUGAUUGGCCGGACAUCCACUAUGAUGUGAGCUCUCAGGCCAUAUCAGUUCAUCUACCGUUACACCGGUUGCUUUCUUUACUCAUAGAAAAAGCUUUAAGGAUAUGUUAUGGAGAAUCUGCAUUGCACCAUGGAGUCAAUGCUAGUCAUGAGAUCCCGCAUGGAGACUUCUUCAGCUCUGUGAUAGGAGAUUUUCAUCCUUAUGGAUUUUCUGCGCUUGUUAUGGAGCAUGUUCUCCGGGUUAGGGUGUUCUGUGCCCAAGUUAUCGCUGGUAUGUGGAAGAAGAAUGGGGACGCUGCAUUAGUAUCUUGUGAGUGGUAUCGGUCGGCUCGUUGGUCAGAACAGGGACUUGAGCUUGAUCUAUUUCUUCUGCAAUGUUGUGGUGCGUUGGCUCCGGCAGAUUCUUAUGUUAAUAAGCUUCUCAGCCGAUUUGGGCUCUCGAGCUAUCUUUCACUAAACCCGGGUAGAACAAACGAGUAUGAACCAAUUUUGGUCAAGGAAAUGCUUGCUCUUCUGAUACAGAUUCUGCAAGAAAGGCGAUUUUGUGGUCUUUCUACUGCUGAAAGUUUGAGAAGAGAGAUCAUCUUCAAGUUAGCCACUGGAGAUUUCACUCAUAGUCAAUUGGUCAAAUCCUUACCCCGUGACCUGUCAAAGUCGGAUGAGCUCCAGGAGGUCUUAGACAAUGUUUCAAUCUAUUCUAAUCCAUCCGGAAUGAACCAGGGAAAGUAUUCUCUACGGUCAUCUUGUUGGAAGGAGUUGGAUCUCUACCAUCCUCGUUGGCAUUCGAGAGAAUUGCAAUCUGCAGAAGAAAGAUUUUCACGCUAUUGUGGAGUGUCAGCGUUGACCACUCAGCUUCCUAGGUGGAGGAUGAUCUAUCCGCCUCUAAAGGGGCUUGCUAGAAUAGGCACUUGCAAAGCCACAUUUCAAAUCAUUUCCUCUGCUUUAUACUAUGCACUACAGAGUGGUACAUCUGGAGAAUCACGUGCUUCAUAUGACGUUCUCAUAACUGCACUGCACUUACUCUCGUUAUCAUUGGAUAUAUGCACUCAGCAGAGGGAAUCUAAUAUUCAGGCUAGUGUAGAAAAUUCAAUUCCAAUUCUCGAAUUAGCUGGUCUGGAAAUAAUUGGUAAAGAUUCGGGGACUGGAAAACAAAGUUUGUUGUCUCUUCUUAUGUCGUUAAUGAAGACUCGUAAAGAUGAUGGUCUCCAGCAAUUUCCAGAGGCAGGCAGUUGCAAUAUUUCGUCCUGGAUUGGAAAUCUGCUGAGGAAGUUCAGUGCAAUUGAUUCUGUUUGUAUGAACCUAUUGCAAAGUCUUGCCCCAGAGGUGGUCGAUCAAUCUGGUUUUGAUAAAGUCACGUCGGGCUCUGCUUCUGAUGAGAAACGCAAGGCUAAAGCUAGAGAGAGGCAGGCUGCUAUUCUGGCAAAAAUGAAAGCUGAACAAUCUAAAUUCUUGUCUACCUUGAGUUCGAGCAUGGAUGAUGAUGAUCCAAAAUCUGAAACCGAAACAAGUGAUUCUCUGAUGGAACAUGAUUCAGAAAUUGCUGUCCGUGAAGUUUGCUCCCUCUGCCGUGACCCAGAUUCCAAAGCCCCCGUUUCUUUCUUGAUUUUUCUCCAGAAAUCAAAACUUUUGAGUUUUGUGGAUAGAGGCCCUCCAUCUUGGGAUCAUGGUCCACAGUCCGAAAAGAAAAUAUCUGUGGAUGGAACUCCCGAUCGUUUAAGAAUGAAUGAUAGUUUAAGAAUGAGUCCUCCUCCCCAUGUGCUGGAGUUGUCAGAAGAUGCAACCUCUGAGCCUGCUACAGACUCUGUGCUUGGAUCUUUAAAAGCCCGGCUUAUAGGUAAUGGUCAGACAGAGAAGAGAUCUACCGAUGGGAGGGGAAAAGAGGAAUUUAACAUGGAAUCUUUGGAGAUAGCUAUGUAUCAAACUGUCCGUAAAAACGUUGAAAACAAAAACCUUACACGUGUAGAUCAUCAACAGCUUGAUGCUGAAAGUAGCUCCGAGAGAAAUUCUGUUGGUGGUCCAUCUACUUUGCUUGUCAGUUUUCAUGAUAUUCAAUCAAGACAGACCUCUAGACAUCUUGAUGUUGGUUCUGAUGGGUUUCACCCUAACGACUGUGAUGGGGUUUAUCUUUCAUCAUGUGGACAUGCUGUGCAUCAAAGCUGUCUUGAACGAUAUUUAAAAUCGUUAAGGGAAAGUAGGUCUGGCAGAAGAAAUGUCUUUGAAGGUGCACAUAUUGUGGAUCUAGACCAGGGGGAAUUUCUCUGUCCUGCAUGCCGCCGACUAGCUAAUUCUGUAUUGCCUGCAUGUCCUGGAGAUUUAUGUUCUGUCUCAAAGCUACAAGAAAGUCCGCGUGCUAAUUUAGGUACUUCAGAUGCACAGAAGCCUUCUUUUAGGCUCUCUGAAGCAUUGUGUCUACUACGAUCUGCUGCUGAAGAGAUCGAAUAUGGUGAUAGCAUCAAAACAGUUUCUCUGCAACGAGUUGAAUUAAGAAGGAAGGAUCUUGAAUCUGUAUCUAACAAGCUCUGGAAUUUCUAUUUUUCCAAGCGACAGGAAAAAUCUCCGGAAAGUCCAUGGCUACCACAAUCAAUCGUCAUGUGGGACACUCUUAAGUACUCUCUUAUUUCAAUGGAAAUUGUUGCUCGUUGUGCGAAGAAUUCGAUGCUUCCUGUCUAUUCUAUAGACUCUUUGUAUGAAGAGUUUAAAAGCUCUAAGGGAACUGUUUUGUCACUCUUAUUACGAGUGGUACAGAGUACCCGAACAAAGAAUGGUUUACAUGUUCGCCAGAGAUUUAUGGGUAUGAAGAAUCUUGCAGAGUCUAUAUGCUCAGGAAUUUCAAGUAGUUCUUCGAGCAGCAUAUUUGGAAGUGAAGGCACAGGAGGUUCAUUGAAGAAUAUAAACCUGCUCUGGAAUCGAGCAUCUGAUCCAGUUCUUGCUCAUGACCCAUUUUCAUCACUGAUGUGGGCUCUCUUUUGUCUCCCUUUUCCUUUUAUCACAUGCGAGGAAUCUCUAUUAUCACUUGUGCAUGUUUUCUACAGUGUCUCUCUUGUUCAGACUGCAAUUGCCUAUUGUGCAGGUCGCCUAUGUGACUUGAGCGAGUUAGAUUUCGAGGAAAGCCUGCUGAGCGACAUCUCCAUCGCUGUGAGAGAAUCAGGUGGUUGGGGGUAUUACAGGUCUAACAAAAUGGAUUUAUCAUGUGAUAUAAAAGAGACAAUCCGUAAAUGUAGUCUUCCUUUCUUGAGGAGAUGUGCAUUGUUGUGGAGGCUACUGAAAACUACUCCUGGGAAGUUUCAUGAAGAGGUAGAUAUGUUUGUUGUGCCAUCUGACUCCGGCAGCGACAAUAUGGAUUUAAUGUAUAGUCCCCAAUCCGAGCUGAAUCAUGUGCAUGAAUUGGAGAAAGUGUUCGAGAUUCCGCCUAUUGAGACCAUUCUCAGUGAUGAACUUCUCCGGUCUUCAACCCAAACAUGGCUUCGACAUUUUCAGAAGGAAUACAGAGUUAAAGGGCCCCUUUCGAUAACCCCUGGAGUUCCUUUCCAGCUUAUGAAACUACCCAAUUUAUACCAAGAACUACUGCAAAGGUAUAUCAAAAAACCUUGCAGCAACUGCACAAAAGUGAUCGAAGAACCAGCAUUAUGUCUUCUUUGUGGAAGAUUGUGUUCUCCCAUAUGGAGACCUUGUUGCAGGGAAAGUGGUUGUCAGACUCAUGCAAUGACAUGUGGCGCUGGUACUGGUGUAUAUCUUCUGAUACGGCGGACCACAAUUUUGCUACAAAGAUUUGCGAGACAAUCACCUUGGCCAUCUCCUUACUUGGAUACGUUUGGAGAAGAGGAUAUCGAUAUGAUGAGAGGAAAACCACUAUACCUGAAUGAAGAACGUUAUGCUGCAUUAACUUACAUGGUUGGUUCUCAUGGACUCGAUCACAGUUCGAAGGUUCUCAAUCAAACCACAAUUGGAGCCUUCUUAACUUAAAAACGUAUUUUUUCUUUCUUUCUAUCCUUCUUCCUCAGGGUUUGUUCUCUGUGGUGAUCAUAUAAAAAAUGCAUAUGCCUGCUUUUAAAUCAUCAUCAGCUUUAGAUUCUAAAAGUUCGCGAGAUUUUGCUGAUGAUUUUUAUUUUAUUUUGUUGAUUUAUUUAUUUGUGGAUAAUAUUAUCGUGUUUGUAAAUAUAGUUUCUUUGCGGUUGA